AUGGCGCCAGUUUUCUACAACCUCCCCGACGAGGCCGCUCUGGAUAUGGCGGAUUCCUCACUGCUACCAUUGAAGGAUAACGUACAGAGUGUUCACACCAAUUGGUUUACAUUCGGAGAGGAGACUCUAAGCUCGGAAUCGAUCCAACGUCUUCUUGAAAAUCGAAUUCCAGUAGUUCGUGAGAAACAAUUCCUUACGGCAGAGGAAUGUCGAAAAUUGCUGGAGAUUACCAAGACACAUGAGAUAAGUGAAUAUUUUGACAACGUGGAAAAUGCUCGCUCAUUGCAGGCUCGAUGGAAGACUGAAGCUGGGAUUGACAUAGUUCACCGUAUAGCGGAGAAAUUGCAUGAGAUCACGGGUAUUCCAGUAGAAAUAGCGCAGGACGGCGGAAGAGAGUAUUUCGCAGGCAUGGUUCGGGCGUCUGAUGCUGGUAUUGACGUCCAUGCAGACUGGGCGCCCUAUGAAGCGCCAGCGUGGGCUAUCAGCAAGAUCUCACGCCAGCUUACCUGGAAUAUCUUAUUGAAUGAGGUUCCAGGCGGAGAAACAAUCAUCUAUGAUCGUCAAUGGAGGGCCCCCGAAGAUGACCUGAAAUGGAGACCGGCUCACCGAACCCACUCUUACCAAAAGAGGAUGCUUGAAGGACGUCCCUUCAAAGUAAUGCCGGCGGUCCCUGGUGAUCUGACUUUCUUCAGUCCUAGAAACUUCCACGAGGUGCUCCCAUGCGAGACAUCAAGCGCCCAGCCUACCGCAGCGACACGUUUUACCGUGUCUUCAAUGGUAGGGCUAAAGCCUGCCCAAGGAUCUGAACCGGCCAAGUUUGUAUUGUGGUCCUGA